AUGGAACUGAGCUCCAACAUCAUGGCUCUGCCUAGUGAAGUCUUGAUCGAUAUACUCUCUAGGCUUUCUCUCAAACAUGUCCACCAACUUCAAAUAGUUUCAAAGCUAUGGCUCAGAACCAUCUCUAGUCCACAUUUCAGAAGACUCUAUAACAUGAAAUCCAUGACUCGUCCCCGGGCACUUGUAGUUGAAGAAUCUGACCACACUUAUUCAAGGCCGAGUGGGAUCAGACCUCCUAGUCGAAUUAUCACUAUUUCCACCAUGGAUCUUGCUGGUGAUAACAAGAUUCAGAAAGAAUUCAGUUUCAAGAUUGUUGGCCUUCGUGUCGAUGUGGGCUAUAUUCCUGCUACCAAUACAUACAAGAUUAUCCGUUUCGUUGGUACCAAACACAGUCCUAAUUAUACGUACAACUAUGGUCAUGAAGUUUUGGAGAUCGGAUUUGAGAUUCUCACACUAACCGAUGGUGGACCAAUUCCUAGUUCAUGGCGAUCCAUGACACACCGAGAACAGUUUUCCGUCAAGGUUGAUGCAACAUGUGUAGAUGGUGCAAUAUAUUGGUUUGUUGGAAGGGGAGAUAAAAAGGAAGACCAUAUAAUUUCAAUGGAAAUUGAAAAUGAAGAAUUCUUAACCAUUAGUUGCCCUAAAGAAGAUGAUAAAAAACUAUUUGAGAAUGGCCAGUUAGCUCAUUUGAAUGGGAAAUUAUGUUUAGCUUAUUACUCAAAGGAAUUAUCAAGAAUGGGUAUAUUCUUGCUCAAAGAUCCUAAGAACCAAACAUGGACCAAGGAAUACGAUAUCCAUUUACCACGUAUGGGGGAAUGGUUUAGACUAGUGGGUUACAGUAAUGGUGACAUUCUUAUUCAAGGCAAGACGCCACUCUUCUACAACAUCAAAGAGAAAAGGG